CGCUUCCUUCUACCGCAAACAAAGAGUGGCGCAUACGCACAUAGCUCGAAGUGGGGUUUUUUUUGCGUUGUUCUUAUCAAUAAAAAAAACACUUUCAGCGAACACGAUGUUAGUAACGACAGGUGUAACCGCAAAAAACACGAAGCUGUCCGAGUCCUCGCGUGAUUUCACGUUUGCGGAAGUUGGAACGGCAUGAGAGGCAGACAGAGCUGUCCGAGGUGCUGACACUAUUUGGGCAACAUGGAUGAACAUCAAGAGUCGUCCUCCUGUUUGACCAACGCCCACAGCCCCAGCAGCAGCAGCCCUCCCUGUAGUAAACCUGGUAGCGCCCCACAAUGCAACGGGGUCCCAGAGCGACGGACGCUGCUGCGGGUGUCUGAGUCCCAUGGACUGCAGCUGCUGGGUGUGCUCAGAUCUCUCAGGGAGCGAGGCAUGCUGUUCGACUUCACCAUUAAGGUCCAGGAUCACACGUUUCCCUGUCAUCGCUGUGUUCUUGCAGCAUGUAGUGAUUUCUUCAGUGCCAUGUUCGAGGUGGAUAUGCGAGAGCGUGAUGAUGGUUCGGUGAUACUCAGUAACCAGUGUCCAGUGGCGGUGGCUUCUUUCUUGGAUUUUGCCUACUCUGGAGAGGUGCUCAUCACUGACAGCAACGUCGACAUGUUGUUUCAGCUCGCCUCUUUUCUACAGGUGUCAGUCCUGUCCAGGGCCUGCAGUGAUUUCUUAAUACGGACCAUGGAUCUCUGUAACUGCCUGUGUCUCUUGUCCCUGGCGGAGGCGUACGGCUCAACCUCCCUCCUUCAUAGUGCCAAUGAGUUUGUGGUUCAGAACUUUUCUGACCUUUCCAAAAGCCAGGACUUCUUGGACAUGCAGGUGAAUAUCUUGGAGGCCUGCCUCAGGUCAGACACUCUAAACGUGCCCAGUGAGGAGGCAGUGGUGAUGUCUCUUCUUAGAUGGAUUCGCCACAGUCUCCCUGGAAGACAGAAGCAGUUACCAGGACUGUUGUCUCUAACCCGACUGCACCAUCUCCCUGCACCUGCUCUAAAGACUCUACGUGAUUCAGACUCUCUCCUCCGUGAUGAUGAGUCCUGCCUCGCCCUGCUGUCAGAAGCCCAGAGCAGACAGACUCAAUACGAUGGCCUGCUCACUGACGCCAGACCCGCCACCACACAGAGCUACAUCUACAUCCACAAGACGGAGGAGAAUGGUGAGAUCCGACACACAUUCUGCUACUGUCUGGAAACAGACCAGUGGAAAGAGCUGGGACCAGGACACGGAGAAGAAACGACCACGAUGCCAGACCCACCAGGCUCUUACCUUACCAGCUAUGCUGAAAAGAUGUUUGUCACAGGUGGUUGUCGGGGUAACUGUUGCCGGGCGAUACGUCUCCAUGUGGCCGAACCGUUCCAUGAUGCCACUGAUGAGGUUUGGUGCUUCUGUCCUGUGACUUUAACCUGCACACCUGCACCAGCCAUGCUGAAGCCCAGAACCAUGCACACGGCUGUGACCUGCCUCAACCGAGUGUAUGUUAUUGGGGGACGGAGCAAAGGAUCCAGAGGGGGGGCUCCCAGUCUGCUGGAGGUGGAGUAUUACAACCCCCUGAACCAGACCUGGAGCUCUGUCAGCCCGCUGCCCACUGCCAUUUUCUACCCUGAGGCCAGUGCUUGUGGCAGUUUUAUCUACACGCUGGGAUCUGAGGUGGAAAUCACAGACUCCUUUAACCCCUCGCUUGACCGCUUCUUCCGCUAUGAUGCCCAACAGGACCAGUGGAGCCGCCUAGUGGCAGAGUUUGGCCAGUUCUUCCAUGCUACACUAGUCAAGGCUGUAUCAAUCAACAAUACGCUACACCUCUGUGACCUGUCCACUUAUAAGGUCUAUAGUUUUUGCCCAGAGACCUGUGUGUGGAAGGGCGAAGGCUCAUUUGAAUGUGCUGGGUUUAAUGCUGGAGCAGUGGGCAUGAGAGACAGAAUCUACAUCCUGGGUGGCGAUUAUUCACCUGAUGAGAUUACUGAUGAAGUUCAGGUGUAUUACAGUGGAAAGAGUCAAUGGGAGGAAGUGGCACCCAUGCCCAGAGCGCUCACCGAGUUCCACUGCCAGCUCAUUAGCUUCAACAGAUACAGAGACCCAUGGGCUGACACACAGCAGUGAUACACAGACACACACACACGCAUGCAGCACACAUGUGAGUGGCCGUGUAGCGCACCGUGCAUGAAUCAACUCUCGGCUUUCAAACAUGAGCGCAUGACGGAUGACUAACACGUCAAGAAAGAGAGAGACAAUCAGUUCAACUAACACCACAUCUCCUCUCACAGACCAUCAUAACAUCAGAGCACCUGAGGCGAAUAAUUUAUUUUUUUAUCUAAGGUAAAAUUCUUCCGUAAAAUUGUAUGCGUGGAGCACCUGCUGUUAUAGGACCGUUGUUGUGUCACUCUAAAUAUGGCCCCUCCCAUGGAGGAACCAUAUUAAACAGAAUACUAUUUUAGAAAUCCUAUUUUAGUACCUUUUCUGUCUAAUUAAUUUGCUUAAUAUAGAGAAUCCACUCAAAAAAAUGUGUGCUAUAACUUUUUCAGCUCUCCUACAGAUAAAAAAAAUAAAAUAAAACUGCAUUAUGUCUGUGUAGUUUCUCAUUCAUCCAGGUCAUGGUUAUCCAAAGUUGUUUAAAUCAAUCCAACUGGACUUUAAGAAGGUUCCUUCGAAGAAGCCUCUUGGAUGAGAGGUGAAACGUCUUCAAGGAACCUUCUUAAAGUCCAGUUGGAUUGAUUUAAACAACUUUGGAAAACUGCAUUAUGUAACACUUUUGACCUUUACAUUUCAGAAAUUUGGGGAUUUUGCAGCCUUCUGGCAGGCCUACACAAAGAUUCUAAAACACAAACAAUAUAUAAAGUGAUCGUUUAGUCUUUCUACUAAAAAUUACUUUUAUUUCAUAGUUUAUUUAAAAAAAAACCAAAAAACAUUAAUCUGUCGUAUUUUCAGAACUCUGUCACAAUUGUUUGUUUUUUUGACAAAUCAUUUCUUCCAAGCUGAAGGAGAGCUUUUAAUUUGCAGUGCAGGCACUAUUUAAAACUGAGCUACAAAAAAUACUCAAGCCAGUGCUCACAUUAAACAGCUUGCCUGUAUUCUCUUACUAUAGUGUCAUGUUUCCAUGCAUGCCCUGCCUCUCCUGUCAUGGUGUACACAGUCCUACAUUUGGUUAAUGAAAAUGCACAGCUUUCUCUGUAGUUGUUGACUCUGUGACAUUCUGUAACUACAACAACAACAUCAAGUGCAAGAAACCACAAGGAAAUAGUCUGGGCUUUGCAGUGUAAAUCAUGAAUGCAUGACACGUUUGUGUGAUGAGACAGAAACCAAAUCCAAUGAUUUAAAGACUGUUUAAUGGCAAGAAGUGAACAUAAACAUGAUGCUUCCUUA